AUGAAAAUAACAUCUUUAACUCGCGCUUUCCUUCAAUAUGCUACAUCAAAGAUUUCGUUUUGCUUUGAAAAGGUUUCAAUUCGAUUCGAAAAGCGUUGUUGGCGUUUUUUAUGGGAAGAAGUGAAGAGGGUAGAACUGAACUCAGAUUCGCAAUGGGAAAAUGUAAAGGAAAAUGACCUGUCAAUUCAUUUCAAGAUAGGAAUCUAUGAAAAUAUGUGCAGGUUUAUGUGUUGUUUUAAAGUGCAAUGCCAAUGCAUAAAAAAGCUAUAA